AGCCCCGAAGUUGGUAAAGCGCGGCGAAUUCAUUUUUCAUUUGUCCUCUCGUACGAAACGAAUCAGAAGAUCUGCUGCGGUUGCCUUUCAUUGCCUUUUGUUUCCUUCCUCGUCAUCAUGCUCCGCCGUUCCAUCUCGCGGCGGCUGCCGCACAACACCACCAUGAAGGACCCCCUGUGCAAGCAGGUCCUCGACCACUGCACCCCCAUCGUCUACUCCUCCUUACCGAACGGAUUUCGCGUCGCGACGGAGUACGUGAAGGACUGCCCGUUUGCCACCGUGGGCGUGUGGAUCGACGCGGGCAGCCGCUUCGAGGACCUCCACAACAGCGGCGUCGCCCACUUCCUCGAGCACAUGAACUUCAAGGGCACGGACAAGUACUCGAAGCGGGACGUCGAAACGCUCUUUGAGCAGCGCGGAGCGCACUUUAACGCGUACACCUCGCGCGACCGCACCGCGUACUACGUGAAGGCCUUCAACAAGGACGUCGACAAGAUGAUGGAUGUGGUGUCGGACCUCCUGCAGAACGGCCGCUACCGGCGGCAGGAUAUCGAGAUGGAGCGGCCGACCAUUUUGGCGGAGAUGCGGGAGGUGGAGGAAUUGGUAGAUGAGGUGAUCAUGGAUAACGUGCAUCAGGCCGCCUACGAUCCGACAACGAGCGGGCUGCCGCUGACCAUUCUCGGCCCGGUCGACAACAUCGCGAAGAACAUCAAUAAAGCGAUGAUUGAGGAGUACGUGGCGGUGCACUACACGGGGCCGCGGAUGUGCCUUGUCUCGUCUGGUGGCCUCUCGCCUGCGCAGACGCAUCAGCUGGCGGAGAAGUACUUCAGCGCGCUGCCCGCCACGAACAAUCGGCCGCGCUUGCAGGGCGUGUACAAGGGCGGCUACACCGUGUUGUGGAACGAGAUGAUGGCGACGGCGAACACGGCUGUCGCGUUUCCCAUCUGCGGCGCCUCGCACGCCGACAGCUACCCGCUACAACUCAUCCACAACGUCAUUGGGCAGUUCCGCGAGGGCCAGUUUGACCAGUUUAGCGCGCAGCGCCGCAACCCGAACGUGCCGUGGGAUAAGGUGCCGAACUUAGUGCAGAUGCGUCCCUUCUACACCCCGUACGAGGAAACGGCGCUGCUCGGCUACAACUUGGUGACGGCGCGCAUGUCCACGAGCAACAACCGCAGUGACCCGGCCUUCGCCCGCGACGACGCGCAGACCAUCAUGCUGAAUUACAUCUUAAGCUCCUUGUAUGACCUGUGCGCGACGCGCGUGAGCGGUGAGCUGCUCGAGGCCGCCAAGGCGGAGUUCAAGGCGUCGGUGCUCAUGAUGCGCGACAGCACGACGAACAGCGCGGAGGAUCUGGGGCGGCAGAUGAUUCACUUUGGGCGUCGGGUGCCGCUGCAGGAGGUCUUCGAGCACGUGGACGCGGUCACGCCGGAGUCGCUGCGCGCGGCGGCGGCCAAGUACUUUAGCGCGGUGCAGCCGACGGUGUCGAGCAUUGGGGCGAGCAGCACGCUGCCCAAGUAUGACCCGCUGUCCGUGGUGUCGAACAUCGUGACGCCGCAGCUGACGCCGGCGCAGUUCCCUGCGGACGCUCGCGCCUGUCCGCUGUAA